GCUGUCAUCACUAAAUAGAGUGUCAUCACUAUACUGUGUUUUGGUUCGUAAAACGCGAAAGGCGAAGAUUUUCUGUCUUUUCUGGCCACUGGCCGCUGGAUAUUAAACAUUGGACCAUAGGCGUCAUGGAGCAGGAGCGUUCCCAAUAUUCGGUGCAUUCAGUAUGCCGGAUCUGCCUAAACCGACUGCCCGACAACGGAUCGGGAGGACAUGAUUUGUUCCAUGAGCCGGGGUUGGCCAAGAAGCUAUGUGUGUGCACCUCUUUGGCGGUGGAGCCGCAGGACGGCUUCCCGAAAUGCUUGUGCUUCAUCUGCUACACAAAGCUGGACGACAUGCACCAGUUCCAGAAACUCUGCGUGGAUUCCGUGCGGAAGUUCCAGGACAUGGUGGCCAGGAAUGUUUUUUGCCCGCCGUCCACUGCGCAAAUGAAGACAUUCGAUGUCCUAAGUGUGGCUGGCAAUGAAGCAGAGCUGGUGGGGCAGGAGGAGGAGGAUCGCAUUAACUUCGACCCUCUGCUAGAUCACAAAAUGGAGCUGAUUGAGAAUGAGGAAGAUGUGUUCAAGAUGCUGGAGCACGUUGACAAGGAGGCUGAGCUGGUGGAGAAAGUUGUGAAGCAAGACGAAAUGGACUCCGCGGAUCUGAUAAACCUAUUUGCCGGGGACUCCUCGGAGGAGAGUGACAACCAAGACGUGGACUUUGAUCCCAACAGCAGCGACGACGACAUGCCAUUGGCGCAACGGGUCAGGGGUAGUCAGGCAGCCACCCAGCCGGCGAUAAGGCCGAAAGGAGGCCGGUCGGCCAAGAAGGAGGAGGAAGAAUUCCUCUCCUGUUCGGAUGACCAGGAUGAGGACGGGGAAAAGUCAAAGGGCCAGCGUAAGAAAAUUCCGCCUGGUGAGCGCCACCUGCAUCGCAUCAUCGACUGCCACAUCUGUCACCAGAAGUUCAAAAAGGCGAUUCGCUACGAGGAGCACAUGAAGCACCACAACGACCUUCUGCCCUUCCAGUGCACAGUGGAGAGUUGCAGGAAAGGUUUUACAACCGCUGGAGGAUUACGGCUGCACAUCGACCAUGCCCACACGGAGCUGUCGGAAGUGCACUCCUGCAACGUGGAUGGGUGUGGAAAAACAUUCCCCCGCAUCCGCCUUCUCACUUUUCACAUGAAGAAGGCGCACGGAAUCUCCAAGGCAGCGGCUCCGCCUAGGGAUUACCCCUGCACCGAAUGCGACAAGGUGUUUCGGUGCCCAAUGGCUCUGAAGAAGCACAUGUACAAGCAUGACGGCAAGGAACUGCCCUUCCCGUGCAACAUCUGCGGCAAGCGGUUUGUGAUCAACAGCGCUUUAAAGGACCAUCUGAUGCGGCAUGCCGGAAUCAAGAACUACGUGUGUCCGUACUGUGGAGUGGGGAAGACCACGCGGCAGGAAUGGAACACACACAUCCUGACGCACACGCAGGAGAAGAAGUUCAAGUGCCACAUCUGCGAGCAUGCCUCGCACAACAAGCAGAGUCUGGCGAAUCACAUCAAGAUAGUCCACGAGAAGAUCAAAAACUACGCAUGCCAGUACUGUGGCAAGACGUUUGGCAAGUCGCACGCCUGCAAGAUCCACGAGAUGACCCACACGGGGGAGAAGCGGUGCGAGUGCAAGGUUUGCGGAAAGAAAUUCUUGUACCCGAAGAGCCUCACAAAGCACCUCAAGACGCACGAGAAACGGGUGCUCAGGGCCAUCGAGACCUACCGGCAGCGGCAGGUGGAAAUGGGUGAAACUCCUGGCGAUCAACUGCUGAACAGCCCCGAUCUCUCAGGACUUCCGGUCGAAGGAGUUACCGCAGAACCCAUCGUAGUUUCCCAAAACGCUGCCGAUGAGCUGUUGAAGGUGUGCGCCGAAUCCGUGGCCACCAUACCCAAAGAUCCGCGCCGGGUUGAGCGGGUGGACAUCGCCCAGUUAGCGGGCACGGCUGUGAAUCCGAUACCCUCUGUUUCUGUGCCCUCGUGGUCGCCGCAAGUCAACUUUACCAAGAAGGAGGGCAAGCAUAUCUGCCCGGGUUGUGGGCAGGGAUUCAACAACAUUGGGAACAUGAAGCGGCACUACAAGAUCAUCCACGAAAAGGUGAAGGACUUCGCCUGCCGCUUCUGCCCCAAGAGAUUUGCAAAGGCGCAGACCCUGCGCCACCACGAGUGGAUCCACACUGGCGAGAAGCCCUUCGAGUGCAAGACCUGCGGCACGCACUUCCGCCAAGAAACGGCGUUGAAACGCCACCAGCGCACCCACGAGAAUCGACCGCCGGUGAUUUCUUCCAAGUUCUAUGCAGCGCGCGAGGAGCUGGAAGAACAGGAGCGGAGCAAGAGGGAGGCCAAGCGGCAGGCGGAGGCUAAGCGGAAAGAGAUCGCCGAAGCGGCCAAGGAACAGCUUUCCUCGCUGCACAAGCUGGAGCAGACGGAUCGAAACCUACAUUCGUACGAUGAAUACAAGGAGGCGGCGGCAGAAAGAGCAGCAGCUUCCGCAGAACUUCAGGCGCAACAGAUCGAGGAGAACGAGAUGAAGCGGCAUGCCGACGAAGAGCGCCGUCGCAUCCAGGAGGCAGCCCACGAACAACUCCAUCGGCUCCAGCAUCAGCAGGAGAUCGAUCGAGUGCAGAGCUCCUACGACGGCUAUUACGCCCAGAAGGCUCAUGCCGAGGGCUCCAACCUCGACGACUUAAAGAUAGACCAUGUGUGAGACUUCACAUCAGAGGCGGGGAAUGAGUCUUGGAUCU